AAGCAGAAAAACCUUUUGCGUAAGUGACUUACCCGGUAAAAAAAAAACUACUAGUAAUUAUACAGUGCUUAUUUUAAGAAAGAUUUACUUUGUCCCCCAUGAAGGUGUUUCACUAAAACUAAAAAGGUAAGAAGUCACCGUGGUAACAGCACCUAUUCCUGUCUUGUUAAUCGGUUUAUAGCUUACGCCAGCCGGCUCCGUCUGUGUCUUUCUGUAAAUAGUUAUUAAGAGUCACAGCUUGAAAGAAUGAAAUGCACGACAAGCAGAUUUCUGGCAAAGAAAGUUGAAUCUUUGCUGGAAUGUCUCAGAAUGCACACGUCAGCCGUAGAGGGGGAUUAACUCCUGGUUAUUAUUCACAACUCUGACUCUCAGUUAGAUGGGUGCUGCACAAUGAGAGGUUUAAAAGCAGGACCAUACAAAAAAUUCAGUUUAUUGUAGCUCUAAUAUUUGGCUUUUGGACCUUUCAUACAGGAACCCUCUUGCAAGUAGCUGUGGGUGUUACUAAUCAUUGCGCAUGUCCACUCUCCUGUCCUUGUGAAUCUGAAGCUGCUUAAUCUUGCUGAACAAGUGAACAGAGCACAGAGAGAGAGAUUUAAACCAACAUGAGCUUUACCAUCGAAGAGAGGGGGAGGCCGAACACUCAGGACUACAGAGUCUUUUUCAAAAACGCAGACGGCAAAUACAUCUCUCCCUUUCAUGACGUGCCCAUCUAUGCAAAUGAAGCAGACAACAUUUUUCAUGCUAUUGUGGAAGUCCCAAGAUGGACAAAUGCAAAGAUGGAGAUAGCCACAAAGGAUCCUCUUAAUCCACUAAAGCAGGAUGUGAAGAAGGGGAACCUUCGUUAUGUAGCCAAUGUGUUUCCCCACAAAGGUUAUAUCUGGAAUUAUGGGGCUAUUCCACAGACAUGGGAGGAUCCUGGCCACAAGGACAGCGACACAGGAUGCUGUGGGGACAACGAUCCGAUUGACAUCUGUGACAUUGGAAACAAGGUGUGCUCCCGGGGAGAAGUAAUCAAAGUGAAGGUGCUGGGAACCCUGGCUUUGAUCGAUGAGGGUGAAACCGACUGGAAGGUCAUUGUGAUCAAUACUGAGGACCCAGAAGCCGGAGACUUUAACAAUAUUGAUGACGUGAAGCGGCUUAAGCCCGGCUACCUGGAAGCUACUGUUGAUUGGUUCAGACGAUACAAGGUUCCCGAUGGCAAACCUGAAAAUCAGUUUGCUUUCAAUGGCGACUUCAAAGACAGGGAAUUUGCGAUACAAACUGUGAAGAGUACACAUGAGUUUUGGAAAGCACUGAUAUCUAAGAAGAGCAGUGCUGGCGAGUUAAACUGCAUGAACACCAGUGUUUCUGACAGUCCCUUCUGCUGCUCUGCUGCAGAUGCUGAAGCUGUUGUUAAGUCUGCAUGUGCUUUUGGAACUGAAGAACCCAUUCCAAAUUCAGUUGAUAAAUGGUUCUACUAUGAAAAGUGAGAACGUGAACCCACACCAGGAACUUGAAGAGAAUCCUUCUUCCUCCAUAAAUUCAUGAUCAAGUUUGGAUGAUUAAAUCUAAACCAACUCUGAGCCUCUUUGUUCCACUGUGCUUUGUGAAUGUUAAUCCCAGCUGAGUAAAAUUAUAUUCCUGUGAAAACAUCCUCAUACUUCUUUCAUUCUUUUGUGAACAACAGUCCUUGAAACAGACAUGAUAAAUUCCCUAAUAAACAACUGUAUUUCUUUGUAUAUUUAUUUAUUUAUAUACCAUGCUUAUUUUGUAAGGUUAUUGCAUUCUUGCUGUGUUCUAAUGCACUGAACAUGGAUCUAAUGCUAUAAUUUUAUCAUGGAAUUAUAAAAUUAUACUAAAUAUGGCAAAAGAUACAUGUCUAUUCAUUUAAAGGCUUUAUCCAAAUCGUUUUUUUCCCAGUUUAUAAUGACUCUGUUGCAUCUUUGUACUUCUUAUAAAUUCUUUUAUUGUUGUCGUUCCAUUUCUAUUAAAUAUGACGGCUAUAUGGUGUGGCUGUAAAGGAGAA